AUGUUGAUAGACUUGAUAAAGAAGACUAGUGAAUCAGUAGGCUUGAUAGAGAAGAGUUCACAAGAAACAAGAGAAGCGUUAGAGAAGCAUUUACAAGAAACUAACGCGUCGUUAGAAAAGAAUUCACAAGAAACCAAAGAAAGCCUGGAGUCAUUUAAGGAAACUAUAGCCCAAGAGAUCCAAACAUCGCAAAUGAAGAUAGAAUAUAAUCUGAAGAAGGAGAUGCAGGAAUUACAGGAACGACUGAAGAUGGACAUCAACGAGAAAGAGAAGAUGCUACAGAAGAGCAUAGACCAAGUCCAGGGAGACGUGGAAAAGGUGGAAGGAAAGUUAACAAAAAAGAUAGAAGACGAUAUUGAAGAAACGAAAGUCGAGUUGGGAGAAAGAAUCAACGAAGUGGAAACAAAUUGCAAUCAUCGAAUCGCCGAGGUGACGCAGAUGCAAAAACAAUGCAACGAGGCGGUUAAGGGGAUAGGAGAUAGGCAAAACCAACUAGCUGUCAAUCUGAGAAAUGCUAUAGCCGUGCAACGAGAAGAGGAUAACAAGAGGGUUGAAAUGGAGGUCAAGCAGUUACACCAGGGAGUGCAGCAAUUGGAAAGCAAAACAGAAGAAAUUGAUAGACGAAUUAGCAAUGCCGCCUUAGCCGUUGGGGAAGGGAUAGAUUGGUUGAAUGAAGUUGAUGCAGUAGUGAGUUUUGAUGAAGGUACUAUCAAAGUCAAAGGAAGAAAGGGAGAAGAGAAGAGGUUGAAAUUUGCUGAGGGGAGUGCAAUCGAAGAAGAGGAAGAAUUCAGAAGAAUAAAUUUAUGUCACGAAGAGGAACCCACCACAGGAUACGGGGAAGAGGAACCAGGAGCAGAAGUGUUGAUAUACCUUGAGGGACUAGCACGAGAGGAUAGACAUAAAGAGGACAAAAUCAGAAAAAAAUUGGAGGAGAUGACGCACCUAGAUGAGAGGACUAAGAAGAAUUUAGCCACACUCAAUGCAGUGCCUGAUACAUUUGAGAAGCAGCAGCAGGAGGUAUCAAGCCAGCACGCAGACAAGCUCUCAACAUGCUAG